AUGUCUUAGGAAACUUUGAGAUAGUUGGCUAGAUAACUAAAUAAAAACAAGUUUCUUAUUGCAAAACCUGCGACAGAUGUUUUCUUAUGUGUUCAGGCUUUCAUCUUGUUAGUUAAAGGAGUAAAAAUAUAGGAUUGGCUUUUGGCUCAAUUAUUGAUGAGCUGCAGUUUACCCUAGAUGGUGGAGACUAUUAUCGAGAAGAAAAUUGAUUAUGCAAAUAUUAUUUUGUGCAAAAAGCUUUAUCAUUUAAUACCUCAAUAGCAAAAUUCUUUAGGGAAACUUAUCUACUAAUUAAUAAGUUAAAGUUUAAAUUUUUUGGAAGAGGAAAAAAGCAAGAUCUAGAGAAGCAAAAGCACAAUGAUAAGGCAUGAACCAAGCAUUUAUAGCAGUAAUAAUAACAAAAUCAUUUAACCUCAUAAUAAGAAUGCGAGUAAUCAAAGAUGCAAGGAAGAUAUACACAAAAUAUUUUAACACAGAAAAAUCAUAAAAAAUUAGAAGAUUAAGGAAGAUGAUGAAAAAAAAUUUGAACUCCUGAAAGAAAGAAUGAAAAAAAUAAAUAAAAAUAGUUAUUUUAUAUCUCCUAGAAAAAUAUAGUUUGAAUAAUAGGAGAAAAUAAUACUCAGUAACAACAACUCAGAAAGACAAUUCAUUCAUAAUAAAUAAAUGAGAUCACUUAGAUCUUUUAGAUCUUCAUUCUAUGAAUGA